UCUGCAUGGGAGAAAAACUGAGCUUAUCAUUUGUCUGAUCGGUGAGCCAAAGCCUCCAGAUACGACUGAGGGAGAAGAAAACAAGACCAACCCCCCCACCCCCAGGAAGAUGCAGUUCUUCGGCCGACUGGUCAGCACGAUUAGCAAUGUCACCAACUUGUUUGCUAACCCAUAUCGGGUGAAAGAAGUGGCUGUGGCUGACUAUGGAGCCUAUAUCCAGGUCAAGGAAGAAGGACAGUUGAUUUUGUUCAAGAGCAGCACUCAUCGCACCUGGGACUGCGUUCUGGUGAACCCCAGAUCCCCGCAAAAUGGAUUCCGGAUCUUCCAGCUGGAAGCAGAGGCUGAUGCCUUGGCAAACUUCCAGCAGUUUGCCUCCCAGCUGCAGCCCUUCUACGAGAGCUCGGCCCAGGUGCUACAAACCGAUAUCCUGCAGCAGCUGUCUGACUGCAUCCGAAAUCACCCCAGCUGGUCUAUGGCCCAUGUGGCUGUGGAGCUGGGGAUUCGAGAAUGCUUUCACCACGCCCGAAUCAUCAAUUGUGCCAACAACAAGGAGAAUGAGGAGGGGUGCACACCUUUGCACUUGGCAUGCCGAAAGGGCGAUGGGGAGAGCUUGGUGGAAUUAGUCCAGUACUGUCAUGCCCGCAUGGAUGUCACAGACAACAACGGGGAGACCGCCUUCCAUUAUGCUGUUCAAGGGGACAAUCCUCAGGUGCUACAGCUCCUAGGGAAGAACCCUUCUGCUGGACUGAACCAAGUCAACAACAAAGGCCAGACGCCGCUCCACCUAGCCUGCCAGCUGGGCAAGCCAGAAAUGGUGCGUGUACUGCUGCUGUGUAACGCCCGUAGCAAUGUUGUGGGUCAACACGGCUUCCCCAUCCAUACAGCUAUGAAGUUCUGCCAGAGAGGGUGUGCUGAAAUGAUCAUCAACAUGGAUGCCACUCAGAUCCACAGCAAAGAUCCUCGAUAUGGAGGCAUCCCUCUCCAUUGGGCCAAAAACGCAGAGAUGGCCCGAAUGCUGCUGAACCGGGGCUGUGAAGUAAAUAGCAUCAGCAACUCAGGGGACACGCCCUUGCAUGUGGCAGUGAUGAGGGACCGCUUUGACUGUGUCAUGGUGAUGCUGACAUAUGGUGCCAAUGCCGGGGCCCAUGGGGAGCAUGGCAACACGCCCCUGCAUUUGGCCAUGCUGAAAGAUAACCUAGAGAUGAUCAAGGCCCUCAUUGUGUUUGGUGCUGAAGUGGAUGCCCCAAAUGACUUUGGAGAGACUCCUGCCCUGAUUGCAUCAAAAGUCCCCAAAGUUGCCACCAGGAACUCGCUCUUGGCCUUGCUGAGAACCAUAGGGGCUGAUUACCUAACAGUCCCCGGGGUUUCCCAGGAACCAUCGCCUUCCACAUCCUCCCAGGACAGACCACAGUCCCAACGGAAAGCCAUUCGUGACAUAGAGCUGCAGGAUUUUGUCCACAUCUCUCGGUCUCGGAAGCCUAACUUCAUCCUGAGCUCCAUGAGGGACGAUCGGAGGACCCAUGACCACCUGCUGUGUCUGGACGGAGGAGGAGUGAAGGGUCUCGUGCUCAUCCAGCUGCUUAUGGCCAUCGAGAAGGCUGCCGGCAUCCCCACCAAGGACCUCUUCGACUGGGUGGCCGGGACCAGCACGGGGGGGAUCCUGGCCCUGGCCAUCCAGCAUGGCAAGUCCAUGGCCUACAUGCGUGGCCUGUACUUCCGCAUGAAGGACGAGGUGUUUCGGGGCUCCAGGCCUUAUGAGUCAGGCCCCCUGGAGGAGUUCCUGAAGAGAGAGUUUGGGGAACACACCAAGAUGACAGACAUCAAGAGACCCAAGGUGAUGCUGACGGGGACCCUGUCUGACCGCCAGCCUGCUGAGCUUCACCUCUUCCGCAAUUAUGAUGCCCCCGAGACCAGAAACGAACCUCGAUUUGCACAGAACCCCAACCUGCAGCCCCUCACCCAGCCUCAGGACCAGCUGGUGUGGAGGGCAGCCCGCAGCAGCGGGGCUGCCCCCACCUACUUUCGACCCAUUGGGCGCUUCCUUGACGGAGGUCUCUUGGCCAACAACCCAACAUUGGAUGCCAUGACUGAGAUCCACGAGUAUAACCAGGACAUGAUCCGCAAGGGCCAAGGCCAUAAGGUGAAGAAGCUCUCCUUAGUGGUCUCUUUGGGGACCGGGAAGUCCCCACAGGUACCAGUCAGUUGCGUGGAUGUCUUCCGCCCUAGCAACCCCUGGGAACUAGCCCGCACUGUCUUUGGAGCCAGAGAACUGGGCAAAAUGGUGGUCGAUUGUUGUACAGAUCCUGAUGGGCGGGCGGUGGACCGGGCCCGAGCCUGGUGCGAGAUGGUCGACAUCCACUACUUCAGACUGAACCCCCAGCUGGGAACAGACAUCAUGCUGGAUGAGGUCAACGACACGGUCCUGGUGAAUGCGCUCUGGGAGACGGAGGUCUACAUCUACGAACAGCGAAACCAGUUACAGAAGCUGGUCCAGCAGCUCCUCACCCCCUGAGGCUGGCAGGAUGGGCGGGGGGAAGGCGGGUAUUGCCCCUGCCCCCCUCACCCCAGAGACCUUGCACAGAGCAGUGCCUGAGACUUGAAGGCCAAGACCCCAAUGGUCAGGAGGAAGGAUUGCGGGCCUUGGUGGGAUGGGCAGACCAGGAAGCACCUCUCUGCACAGAGGGCUGGGAGAGCCCCACCUCUCUGAGGGGUCUGGGGUCUUCCCAGCCUGAGGCCUCGAAGCCUCAAGCUCGAAGCCCCCUCUUCUCCACACCGUCACUGCCUUAAAGUGUUGACCAGAGCAGCCAACCUCCUCAGGCCUUGUCUCCCCCACCACGAAAGAGCACCCUCCCUCAGCAUCCUCCUUCAGGGAUGCCUGAUCCCCAGAGGACUAGCCUAGUGCCACCCUCGCCCCCAGGGCCACACUUUGCCAAGCUGGGGGAUUGGGUUGGGGAGUUCCCUGCAAGAAAACGACACUGGAUUUCUGGUUAGGACCUGGGCCGGGGCACGGGGCGCUGCAGGGAGGUCUGGGAGACAGACUUGAAAGCAGGUUGUCCUCCCCCUCAUCUUCUGGUCCUCCCCCCCUGCAGGGCCGAGAAAUGUGAAGGCUGGCAGGGAGCCCUGGGCAGGCCCGCCCCCUCUCCCGGGCUGCUGAGCCCAGCAGUCCCUAACCCCUCAGCAACCCGAGGGAGAAUUCUCCCGGCCCAAGGAGGAAGUCAGAGCCAGCUUUGCCCAGACUCCGGCCCCGCCCUGCCCCAGAGGACUCUCAAAGUCCAUGCCUUGGUGGAGGCUGGCGUGCUUCUCCCUCCCUCCCCUCCUUCCCCCAUCAGUUUGGUUCUUAAACAACAGUUAAUUUAUUCUUUUGGACAAGGAAGUGUUGUAAGCUGCUCCUUGGGACCCUGGCUCUUGGGGGGGCCCUCAGAAGAUGUGGGCAAGAAGAGGGGUCCUGGGGGGGCCCCAGCCUCCACGCCUCUUCAAGAGUGAAUCCCCGAACCAAAAUAAAUGGCUUGGAUUGAAA